GGGAAAAAAAAAGGAAUAUCUUUCUCCAUAACCAUAAUCCAUGAAAUCUUCAAACCACAUUUCUUGCUGUGCUGAAACUCUUCAGCACAAAGCAAACUCAUCAAAACCUUAAAAUAAAAACUCCCAUAUUUAAUUUCUUCCAUAGAUAAUAAUUAUCAUACUUUUCUUCAAAAAAAACAAAAAAAUGGUCCAAAAAAAGCUGUCCAAAAUUCUCUCCCUUCAAACCGAUCAUAUCAAAAAUGAAAACCAGUUGCAGGAUUUGAAGACCAAGAAGAUGAAGAAAUCGGGUUCCAUCAAGCGCCCGGAGCUCGACACCACCCUCAUCUCCAUAAGGCAACCCGCAAAACCUCCGCCGCCGCCGCCGCGCACCACCCCGAAUUACAUGAAGCCCACCACCAGCUCCGAUGCAAGAAAGCCUCAAACCAGCCCUGAUAGUUCAAGUCUGCGCAGAAGAAUUUCCAGCACCUCCGCCGGCGGCGGCGGCGGAAGUAAACCGUCAAAAACAGCGGCGAGGGCUUUGACCAAGAACCCUAGUUUCAAACCACCGAGAAAGUUCUCCUCCGAUUCGAAGAGAGCAACGUGCUCGUCAACUUUGAAAGACUGUAAAUUUCCAGCUUUUCUCGGGCUUAACAAUGGCGGCACGGAAUCGGAGGGCACCUCCAAGAUUAAGGUGUGUCCGUACACGUACUGUUCACUCAACGGCCAUCACCACCGCCCUCCUCUGCCGCCGUUGAAGUGCUUCUUGUCUGCACGGCGGCGCGUGAUGAACAAGAACAAGAACCAGAGGAGCGUGAAACUCACGACUAUGCAAGAUGAUGGUUUGAAGAACUCGUUGGUUAGUAGUCCUCUUGUUGUUGAAGAGGAACAAAAUCAAGAUUUCUUCGUCGAAAUCUACUGCGAGGACAGAGUCGAAGACGAAGAAGGAAAAUCGGGAAUAUUCGUGAGUGAUUUCGAAUUAGGCUAUGAUUGCGACUACGAGUACUGCUCGGGCGAAGAAGAAGUCGAAAAUCAGCUAAUCGAUGGCGAUUUGGUAAUAAAAGCGGACGACGAGAAAGGAGGGCCGUUGGAUGAGUUCUUGAUUGAUCAAGUUUCGCAGGAGUCGUUGGAUGAAGAUAGUUUGAGCUCCGAUGCGUUGAACGAGAGAGGAAGGCCGUUGGAUGAGUUGUUGAUGGAUCAAGCUUCGCAAGAGUCGUUGGAUGAAGAUAGUUUGAACUCCGAUGCAUUUUCUACAAGUGAUGAAGAUGUUGAAUCGAGUGAUUCAUCAUCAUAUGAUGCAACAAGCAAUCAAGAAGAAGAUUAUUGCAUAGUCGAAAACGAAGCUCCGUUGGAUAAUCCGAUUCAGAUUGAGUUGUGUUACGAAGAUCCAUCAAAGGAACCUCUUUCCGAGGUUGCUUUAGUAGUACUAAAGUGUACCGAAUCCGAUAUUCAAACUGCAGAAACUGCAGCGGAUCGAACUGGAGGGAAGUGCAAGAAGAACCCCGUAGAGGAAACGGAUGAUGAAUUGGGGAUUUUCGACCCGCGCGGCCCGAAUUUCUUGGAGUUGGAGCCCGGCCCGGAAGGAGAGAAGGUUGAUCUUCGGCAUCAAGAUCUCGACGAAAGGAAAAAUUCCGAAGAAUGGAUGGUGGAUUUUGCACUGAGACAGGUGGUUACAAAACUCGGCCCGGCUCGAAAGAAGAAAGUUUCUUUGCUAGUUGAAGCCUUCGAAAAAGUUAUGCCGAUAAAUAAAUUCGAUCGUCGUUUGAGGCACGCCUCGGGAUUCGAUCAGGCGAGGCAAAUUCAGGCAUGCAAUUGAUCAUUCAAUCACUUUGGAGAUUUGAAGAGGAAGAGAAAACUCAAUGUUAUAAGUAUGCUGCAAGUUUGUUUAAUAUAUAUAUUUUUUUAAUUUAUUAAUGUAAUAGAAGGCUGAAACAGUUAAGAUUAAGGUUAAUUUGUUUGGUGUUUGCAAGGUAAUGUUGGUUGGAUUAAGAAACAUUAAUGUUAAUUAGUGUGUGAUUAGUGUGUUAUUAGGAGAAGCCCUCCAUAGUUAUAACUUGUGUUACUUAACAUUAUUACAGUUUGAUUUGCUUUUCAUAGUCAUGAUUUUA